GAACGUGCAGAUUCCUCUCACUUGAGAACUUGAAUUCACCUAUCUCUCCCAGGCCUCCCUCCCAAAGCCCUUCCCCAGUUUGGAUUUCUACCACAUUUGUUUGUGUCCUGUGGAUUCUGAUUGCUUUGAUGAUUCCAUGUAAAUAGGAGGGUAGCAGGUUUCAUACUUAGGAUUUGUUACUUUAUUACUAUCUUAUUAUUUAAUUACAAACUACACAACCUGUUUUUAAAUGGUAAUCCCAAGAAAGAGAAUGAAAAAAAAGUGUGAAUCUUGAACUAUUGAACCAUGAAAUGUCUGAGGAAUGUAGACUAAACCUUGCAUCGUACAUCAAAGACAAGGUUGUUUGUGUAUUUUUUCUGUGAUCACAGCUGUGUGUAUGAGGAAAUGCGUGCGACACCAGAAAACAGUUUAAAAUUCCGUAGGAAGACAUGGCAGGAAGAAAUGAGUCUGUAGAGGAACGAGGCUAAACCCAAACUCUGACGCUCAGCUGUUAUGCGGCCAACCCUAUGCUAAGGUUCAAAGCAUUCAUCACUAAUCUGGAGAAGACCAGUGGACUCUGAGACAGUGUGCAGCUCUAAAACCGGGAGUGAAACCACAGCUGCAGCCAUGGCUGGGAAGCCCGUGCUUUACUAUUACAUUGGCCGUGGCAAAAUGGAGUGCAUCAGGUGGCUCCUGGCUGCAGCAGGGGUGGAGUUUGAAGAAAAGUUAAUGGAAACUUCAGAAGAUUUGGAAAAAUUAAUAAAAGAUGGGCGUUUGAUGUUUCAACAGCUGCCCAUGGUGGAGAUUGAUGGGAUGACGCUGGUACAGAGCAGAGCCAUUCUCAACUACAUCGCCACCAAAUAUGACCUCUAUGGGAAGGACACGAAGGAGAGAGCCCUGAUUGACAUGUAUACAGAGGGGAUUAUAGAUCUCACUGAGAUGAUGCUGCAAGUGGUAACAUGUUUCCCAGACCAAAGAGAGGCCAAGAUCUCCUUAGCAAAAGACAAAGCCAAAAGUCGGUACCUGCCUGCCUUUGAAAACGUCUUGAAGAGCCAUGGACAAGACUACCUUGUUGGCAACAGGCUGACCAGGGUGGACAUUCACCUGCUGGAAGUUCUCCUCUAUGUUGAAGAGCUUGACUCCAGCAUUCUGGACCCAUUCCCUCUGCUGAAGGCCCUGAAGAGCAGAAUCAGCAGCCUGCCCAAUGUGAAGAAGUUCCUGCAGCCUGGCAGCCAGAGAAAGCCUCCCUAUGAUGAGAAAAUCAUUGAAAAGGCAAAGAAGAUUUUUAAGAUUCAGCCAAGUUGAAUUGGUAGAGGCCACAGACACCAGUCUUCGAUGUUUUGCAAAAAUGAGGAGCAAGUGUGGAUCCUGGCUAUUGUGAGAUAUAAUAAGGAGGAACAAAUGCUA